UGAGAUCAGUGACUUCAAUUUUCUCUCAAACCGAAGACUGUUGAGGCUUGAAACUGACGGUUUAAGACGGCAAGAUGGAUGAAUCAAGUCUCUGUUUGAAGCUUCAUCUUUUGCAAGUAUUGACUGUCAUUAUCCUCCCGAAUUGUUACCAGUCUGAGGAUGUUGCCCGCCAUUUCGGCAGAUUUAUUGAUGUAGAGGACGGAAAGACCUACCAAUCCUUUCUGUACGAUCUCCUGAGCCAGGAACCUGAAGACGAGAACCUCCUCCACCCUGUGAGGAACACCGUCGACGGCGAUCUCCUUCUUACUCCAGAACAAAAGGAACAGUUCCUUCAAGACAACAAGGCAAAGAGGAAAAUCCUAAGUAAUGAGUACUUUCGGUGGCCCAAAGGGAUUGUGCUAUGGCGGUUUGCGACUGGAAGAAGAGCAUUCAAGCGUCAAAAAUCUUACACAGCGGUAUUGAAGGCAAUCCACCAUUGGGAGCAGAACACCUGUCUCAGGUUCCUCAAAUAUGGAACAAAGGAGUAUCGCAGUUCAAAUGUCAACCACAGGGCUAUCGUCUCAUUUGGAACUGGAAAAGGGUGUGCGUCUCGUGUCGGCUACUCGCACGGACUUCUUAAUGUCUACCUCAACGAAAGAUACUGCAUGCGCAGGGGAACGAUUGUCCACGAGAUCGGCCAUGCUAUUGGUUUCUUCCACGAGCAAGCUCGAGCUGACAGACGUGAUCACGUGACUGUCAAUAAACAGAAUGUCAAGGGCGGAAAAAUGAAGAACUUCGUGAUAGUACGUGGUCUGGCAAACAGGGCCAGCUACGACCUCGGCUCCAUCAUGCACUACGGCCCAAAGUAUUUCAGCAAAAAUGGGAAGAGAACGAUUUCCCCUAAACUCCGCAUGUUGACCUUUCUCAUGGGCCAGAGACGGAAGCUGAGUUUCUAUGACCUUCAGGAGGUCAACCAAGCUUACAAAUGUGCAGCAAGCUGCACCAAUGCCCCGAGUUGUGAAAACGGGGGCUUCCUGCUCCAGUCUUGUCGGUGUCAUUGUCCAGAUGGUCUCGUGGGUUCUCGCUGUCAGAAUAUCAACUCUCGCUACUCAGAAGAGAAAAGUCGUGUGUUCCAAGUAUCGUUUGGAGGGUCCAUCGAUAUCAAGUCGCCAAGUCAACACGAACACACAACGGCGGUGUGGCUUAUUAAGAGUCCAGAGGGUACGACAAUGAAGAUGCAUCUCAUCCUUGACCUUUCCUAUGACCGCUUCUUACGACUUUGUCACCACUGGGUCGAAGUCCGCUUCAACCUCGUUGGUCAACCGGGCCCUCGGCUCUGUGGAUACUCAAUGAAACCCUUGGAGCUGAAUUCUACCACUAACUUGCUCAUGUUGAAGUACGAGAGCCGCGAAAGUUAUUACCACGCAAAACGAGGAUUCCUUCUUCACAUAGCUGUCGUUCAACCCAUCAAUACUCAUGUCAUCUGUACUUUCAAAGACACGGAUGCGGCCAGAUGUCCUUUCCAACAGAGCAAAGAGGACGACAUUGACUGGGAGACAUUUGUAAUAAACAAGAUUUCACUUGACAAUGAUGAAGACGGACUGUCCUAUAUCGCCAUAGAUUCCCGUUACGCCCCCCAGGCAGGGAAAGCUAUACUAAGGAGUGCUGAAAUACUUGGGGGCUCUUGGUGUCUCAAAUUUCUGUACUUCGUUAAUGCUGCGCAGACACGUGGGUAUAUGCACGUGCUUGCCAUGACAACACAGAGGACAGGGAGAUGGUGUCUUUGGGGCACACCUGAAUAUGGUGAAGGCGAGUGGUCGCCCGCUGAGCUGUCUAUCAAUAGCACAGAUAGAUUUAUGAUCCAGUUUGUAGGUGUUGUGAAAGAUCAACUGACGAUUGGCGUGACCAUGAUAGAGCUCAUCCCAGGACCAUGCCAGCACCCGGACAAAUCCCUGAAUCUCCUUCACAAGAAAGAUCUCAACGUGUCUUUCACGUGCGACUUCGAUGUCGAUUGGUGCGGAUUUACGGAUGACAAUGACGUCACACCUCGGUGGAGCAGACGGCAGUCAUUUCCGGUAGCUGGACCGUCACGUGACCAUAAACCACACGGCCGUCGCAGUGGGUUUUACAUGAGCAGAAAAUCGCCGUAUCAGACAGGCAAAGCAGGACGACUUGUCAGUCCCACCCUCACAGCUGUCAAUCACUAUGGAUGUGUUCGGUUCUGGAUAUACGUGUGGGGCUUCUCGCCCGGCAUGAUGUCAGUCUAUCUACGGGAUGGCAGCGGCUCGCAGACAACGGUUUGGAGAUCUAUAUACCUCAAACCUACGUUCGCAGACUGGUCCCAGAUAUCGAUUCCAAUAAAACCAACCUCAAAUAUGUACAAGAUCAUCUUUGAAGUUGCAGUAGUUCACAAAUGGGUAAAUAUAGCUCUGGAUGACGUCACAGUGUUGGAUAGUUACUGCUGAUAUUUCCUAUCAGUGAAAUAAAUACGAAAAUAC